AGAGAGAGAGAGAGAAGAGAGAGAGAGAGGGAAAGAGAGAGAGAGAGAGAGACUGGAAGGAAAGAGUGCGAAGACAGAAGGAAACCGAAAAAUGCAAGCUGUGUCUAAUCAACAACGAUCGAGGGCGAUUUGUGAUUGGCGCGUCGUCGUCGAGAAUGGAGGAUAAAUUUAUCCGCGUCGCGAAGAGGAAUGCGGCAGAAGCGUGGAGGAAAAGUAGCACGAGUACCGCGGAACGCCGCAGUCGCAUUUCCGGUUUAAAUUUAACGUGAUGAUACGCACACUUUCGCAAUUAGCUGAUAUGGAGACCGUUGAAUUUAACUGGAGAGUAUAUGAUGUCGGAAGGUGGACUGGCACCUAGUAUCAGCCUCUCGUUCUACAUACUAUUCAAAAGAUUCACGUAUUAACUGCUAGUCGCACCCGCGUGUAUGUGUUGAGUCUCCACAAAUUACAGGGUGUACUGCACUGUAACCCCAUGACGCAUUUAAUUCAUGGCCCGCCUGGAGAUACCGAGCAUAGUGGUAUAUAAAAGAAGCAGGUCGCAAGAUCGACCUGAAAGUCCUACAGUGGUGGUGCGAGGAGGAAUGCCCUCACUGCCGUCCUCCAAGCAAGGCCUCGCCAUAAGUGGCUGCGGUGGUGCGCCUCAUCAGGACGCCUCGGAGUCAGAUAUGAUAGACGGGAAUGCCAACCCUAACGUAGGCACAUCCCCCAUACCGAACUCGCUCCACCGUCCCGCUUCCUCCUGUUCGCCAUCCGACAAAUCGGACACUGAAAGCAAGAACUUUCGCAAUCGGACGAACACGAAAUUGAAACUGUUAGUCAGAAGCCAUGCCAUGAGAGAGUCGACAUCCCCACCGCGGGAACCGCACGGCAACGGUCCAACGUCGCCGCACAGUCCGCAAUCGGACGGCGAGAAAAAGAUCAUAUGCAACCUCUCGCCCAAUUCCGGCGCCAAGCUCAACAACAACGAAUCCAUAUUCAAUAGCAAUCUUUGUUCCGCUCAAUCUCCCAAACAGAUGCGCAACACGGCGACGUCGCCGACUUGUCGGACACCGUCGCGAAAUGGUCAAUCUAGUCCUUCUCAGGUACAUUCACCAAAGAGCAUCACAUCUCCAACUAAUGGCAAUAAAUUGGAAAAUCACCGCUCCAAAUUCGCUAACGCGAAUAUCACUCAAAAAUGCAAUAACUGUGUGAAAAACAAUCAGAAUGAACGACCAGGUUUAUUGCAGACUCCGAUAUCACCCAUCAGAUACGGUCAAACAUUACAGCAUUCGCCGAAGAGCACCAAUCUUGCUCCGUGCGGCCAGAAUAAUCAGCACAAAUCCGAGCAACGAAGGCCGAACACAUUGAACAUUUGUAGUAAUCAAUGUUCGGCGCAAUGCGGCAACACACUCUCAGUGACCAGGCCUGGAUCUAGGCACAAACUGAGACACCAGAAUUCGUCUCAGGGUAGUUAUGAUAGCGCAUCGCCAUGCCUUUCGCGCGACAGUAGUACAGAGCUAUAUACGGACAGCACCGGGAUAGAUCUCGAACAAUUCAUUGCAGAGACUAUAAAUCGCAAUCAGAAAGAUCGCACAGUAUUGUUAAAGAUUGAGAAAGAUUUAAUUGAGUUCGCGAAGGAUCGACAGAAACCCUCUCACAGAUUUCCGAACAUGUCAUCGUAUAACAGGAUGCUGGUGCAUCGAGUGGCAGCUUAUUUCGGAAUGGAACACAACGUGGAUCAAUCGGGUUUGAGCGUCAUCGUCACGCGGACGAAAAACAUGCGAAUACCAGAUACUCGCUUCAAGGAACACAUCAGAGACGAUCUGAUCCUAUCGGAAGAACCGCGAAGAAGUAUUCUGAAACGAGAUUCGAGCUCGUUCGAGGAUAGCUUCAACUUUAAGUCGCCUGACAGAAUGUCGGGCGAUUGUUGUCGGCGUAGUAAGAGCUUUGAGGAGCGAGAAGAGGAAUACGAGCGCGCCAGACGAAGGAUAUUUAAAGACAGUAGUGGUGAAAGCAGCGAAGUUUCCUGGCCAUGGUCCUCGACGGAGAGUUCGGAUGCUUCUGCGAAAUUUCGCUUGCUACACCCGGAUCAUCUAGUCAGGCAAAAUCGAUUUCUGAAGGGCGAAUCUUUUGAUGGAAGAGAUUCAUUCCACGGCCCAGGAUUGCGUCCAUCAGUUUCUAAGUCAUACAGUUUCGGUGGAUAUACCAAAUGCAUGUUGACGAGAGGGGAUAGUGUUACAUCUACACACAGCGCGGGAGCUCGUCUUAUGAAGCAAGAUUCUGGGGCGAGCAUGUGUUCACGUUUAAGUCCGAGCCGCUCGAGUAGCGGCUAUAAAUCGCAAAGUCAGCGCAGUGAUGCGACGCUAUCGCCAUCUCUGUCACCUUCUCCCGUGCCGGCUACUAUGACGUGUAGCCACACUCAAGUGUCCAGUCAGGACUUAGUCUCACCGGAGUUAAAUGGUAGCCAAACGGUUAUGUGGGCAGUCACCAGUUUAUCCAGUGUACCACCUGGCAGCAUAAUAAUAAACCCGCAAACUAAUCAGCCAUAUACAAAUACGGACGGCUCGAUUUAUCGCUACGAUCCAGACAAUCCGCCAAAGUUCUUUACUAUGGAAAAUGAGAACGACACGCCAUUAUCUACUAAUAAGCAGCAGCAACACACGGAAUUGUCCUCUGAGCCGUCCAGAACGAAUAACAACCUUAAGAAUGACAAUAGGAAACAGAAAUCGCCGCAAUCGAAGAUCAAUGUUACGGGGGUGACUACCGGAGCCCAAGUAACAAAUACAGCGACAUCGCCAAGUCUGCCAUUCACUCCGCCGACGCCACCACCGCCACCACCUCCUCUUCCUCCUACUUCAGCUCCGCAGAAUCCACCCAUUCUGCAACAACAAGCGCAGCAACAACAGCCCCAAUCUCAGCCGCAGCCGCAGCAACAAAGUCUAGUCAAAUCGUCAACGACAUUACCUAUAUUUAAUCAUACUAACCAAACAGCUCAACAACCCUACGCGACCUAUGUACCUACCUCAGAACCGUAUAAUCAAGGCGUUUAUCCACCCCCUAUGGGACAACCGACUGUGAUGAUGACAUCUCAUCCUACUCAGAGUCAAGCAAGUGUGCAAAAUGGCGGUCAGGGCGAUAUCUUCAAUCAGAAUCAGGUCUACACCAAUUAUGCAGUACCUGUGCAUCAAGGACCAAUAUCACAGUCAGGGGACGUGGCCGAGUUAUCCGGAUAUUUCUUAGGUAUGAACAUUUACGAUCAGCGUAGCAAUGGAGACAGCCACUCCACGCCUCCGCAUUCUACGUAUCCACCACCCUCUACAAAUCAGACCAUGCAGAAUAUGCAGUCAAUACAACCAAAUUAUUGGCAACCAUCGCCAAAUCAAAUACCGUCUCAACAAACCAUGUAUUUUGUGCCUCCACCUGGAGCGACAAUUUCUGUCGGUCAGAAUCCGGGGGAUAGGCAACAGCUGCAUCAGCAGCAGAGGUUCCCAACGAAUUAUUCUUUCAACGCGCAAGCAAUGACGUCUCCGAGCCAAGCAAAUUCUAAUUUCGUCGGCAGUUAUCCGGUACCUUACAAUUCAUUACCAGCAGUAACUCCGACUCCUAGCGACUACACGUAUCAACCACCAGUUCAAAUGAUUCCUACGUAUUAUCCGCCAGGGCAGCCGGCGAUGCAACCACCGCCUGUGAUGUACAGAGUACCUACGCCACCGAACACACCAACAUCUAGUCAAAUACCUGGUAUGCCGUUGAUGUACGUUAACUCGAGUAGCUACGCAGCCCCAACAAUGAUGACCAGUGGAACAUUCGGACAUCAGGUCACCCAUAAUGGUACGUCCCCGGCGCCGCCUGGCGCAUAUAUGGCACCCACGCUGGUUCCCAAUUUCGUCUUCAGGCAAAACGUUCCGAUCGUUCCCAGCGUGCGGGCGACAACGCCAGGUAACUCCCAAAGAGCCAGUCGGUCUCCAACUCCGGCGCACGAGCUCUUCGGAGGUGGGGGCGGGGACCGAAACGCACAACCUCAACCACGUUACCCACUGCCAAUAUAUCAGGGUGUCCAUAUCGUGCAAGGAGACAUGAGAUUGAUGCAUUCAGGCGUACCAUCCAAUUCCCGGUUGCAGUAUGCACCAGUAUCAUCACCGCCUGUUGUUCAAGGCUGCCCGCGGCCUUACAGGCCACCUUCGUCUAACACCUCGGGUGCUGGCACGCCGACUUCCUUUGACGGCAGAAAUCAGAAAAUUCGCAAACAUAGGUCCAAAGUAACAUCUUUGCCACCAAGCGGCGCACGACCCAAUUUUUAUCAGACAUCUUCCAUGUCAUCGCUCCCAUCAAACAUACCCAAAGACAUCAGAGAAGAAAUCCAACGAAGAGACGAAAAGAAAGCAAACACUCAACACAAUUAUCUCAACCGAACAUGAGCAAUUCUUAAAGAGAACGGAUUAAUAUAAGUUUGCGAGACCUCACACAUUCGUACUCUACUAUUUUUGUAAUGCGAUGUAAGAUGAUGGACAACAGCGAGCAAUAAAUCGGUGGAAGACAGGACAGAAAGAGAGUAUAGGGAACAUCGCGAUAUCUAAAAUAAGAAAAAGUUUAUAAGCGAGUUGUAAUAUCGACUUCCGCACAAAAGAAUACCAUCUAUGUCACUCUCUCUCUUUCUCUCCCCUGACUAUUUAGUGAAGUCCUUCCGUUGAUUUGUCCUUUUAAUGAUAAUCGAAACGUUGUUCUGCAUAACAAGUCGCAGCAGAAAAUUGUUUGUUUCCUUAUUUGUUGUGUAAUAUAGUAGAGAUGCGACAGAGUAGGUGACUUGCGAGAAAUAGCGAGAACAUCGCAAUCUGUGUUUUCGCUAAUUCCC